AUGGCACUUGUUCUCCUCUCGCUUCUCAGCCUCGUCUCUGCGCACACGGUUAUCACAUAUCCUGGUUGGAGGGGAGACAAUCUGAAGUCGAAUGGCACGACAGUAGAGACACAUGGGUUGGGACAAUAUGCAAUUGGAGGUUCUACGGCAGAACAAGACUAUCUUUACCCUUAUGGAAUGCAAUGGAUGUAUCCCUGCGGCGGUAUGCCCUCCUCUCAAAAUCGUACCAAAUGGCCGGUAAAAGGCGGGGCAGUCGCAUUCCAGCCAGGCUGGUUCCCAGGCCACGGAACGGCCUUUAUCUACAUCAAUCUCGGUCUGGGGACAACCCCGCCAAAUAUGUCCUUCGUCAUGCUCAACGGAGUCCAAAUCAUCGGGCCCACCAAAGAUCCAUACCCAGGGACCUUCUGCUUCCCCCAAGUCCCUCUCCCUGCCAACGUCACCGUCAACGUCGGAGACAAUGCAACAAUCCAGCUCAUCGAGGCUGCCGUUCAUGGCGCCGCACUGUACAACUGUGUCGACAUUACCUUUGCCGAACCCGAAGACGUCCCCGAGGUCAAUGCAAGCAAUUGCUUCAACUCGAGUCAGAUUACGAGCGAUCUGAUCUUUACAACCUCUUCCUUGACAUCUGACUCGAUAGAACUGUCAACCAGCCGAUAUAGCUACUUGAGCACUGCACUGGCCGUGACGUUAGGGCUGCUCUUACUGUGA